UUUUAAAUGGCUUUGGGGAGCGGUACCGCCGAGGUGGGGUCGUGCCGGGAGGCUGCAGCGGCAUUGCUUGUCGUGGCCGGAGUAGUGGACUGUGGCUUUAUGAAGCGCUUGCCUCCGAUGUGAAUGCAGUGUCCCCUGUGGGAUGCAGUAGGUGAUGCCCAGCUCUACUGCAAUGGCAAUUGGAGCUUUCUCUAGUUCUCUUCUCGUAACCUGCUGCCUCAUGGUUGCCCUCUGUAGCUCCACCGUUCCCGUACAAAAACUGGCCAAGGCUCAAGACAAACAGGAGAUAAAGGCGAGCCAGGAAAAGAGAGAUCACACGUCUACAAGGGACAGCCAGACAGGUCCAGGGAAAAUGAAUGAGAUCGGCAGGAGCGGGAGGGAGGAGGGUAGCAGGGACUGGAAGAGCAAAGGAAACAGGAACUACUCGAACAAGGAGUCUUGGACUAAGCAAAAGCAGGCUUGGAACAGCCAGGGGACAAGCAGUAAAUCUGGGAGCAUUCAAGUGCAAGAACAGAGGGAUGCUGCUCCUGAGGAACCUCAGGUGGCUGAAGACUCAUCUCUCCCAGCAUCUGUUGCGAGCGUCACUCCCGAGCCUCCGGAGGAGUACGCCUAUCCGGACUACCGUGGGAAAGGCUGCGUGGACGAGAGCGGCUUCGUCUAUGCCAUCGGGGAGAAGUUUGCGCCGGGCCCCUCUGCCUGCCCCUGCCUGUGCACUGAGGAGGGCCCGCUAUGUAUCCAGCCCGAGUGCCCCAGGCUCCACCCUCGCUGCAUCCAUGUGGACACCACGCAGUGCUGCCCGCAGUGCAAGGAGAGGAAGAACUACUGCGAGUUCCGAGGGAAAACCUACCAGACCCUGGAGGAGUUCAUGGUUUCUCCGUGUGAGAGGUGUCGCUGUGAAGGCAAUGGCGAAGUGCUGUGCACGGUGUCAGCCUGUCCCCAGACCGAGUGCGUGGAUCCCGUGUAUGAGCCCGACCAGUGCUGUCCCAUCUGCAAAAAUGGCCCAAACUGCUUUGCAGAAACCCUUGUCAUUCCAGCAGGCCGGGAGGUGAAAACUGAUGAAUGCACUAUAUGUCACUGUACUUACGAAGAAGGCACUUGGAGGAUUGAACGGCAAGCGAUGUGCACUAGACACGAAUGCAAGCAAAUAUAGGAAAUCUACAAAUCUACAGACUUUUCGUGGUUUUUAUAAAAUAUCCCACAGCAGUGAUGAUCCAGGGAAGUCUGAAUGAGAAGAUUGUGGCGAGGCGCAAGGAAUAAAGUACUGAUAUUUUGUUUUUCAAAGUAACAUAAUACUGCAAGGCAAAGAAGUGCAUAUAUUUAAAACAUUUGGACAUAAGAAUACCUGUCUUAAAUGUGUUAUUUUCACAGUGAGUACACUUAAAUACACUAUAAAAUAUUCUAUGUAUUUCUAUAAUACCAUUAUAGAGCUUAAAAAUAAAUGUUUUAUAUAGACAAUACAGAUUGAAGUACUGUA